GCCCCGAAGAAGACCUUGCACCCAGUCAUACACGAACUCGUCCAAGCGCAGACCUGAAGCAUCUCUGCAGAAGGCCGCAGUGAAGGCAAAGAACGAGGAGAUUGCGAUGCAAAAAGUACAGAUGCAGAAGCAGGCGACAGAGCUGAACGACCUGAAGGAGAAAAUGAGGUCCUCCCGCGACGUGUUUCGGAGGAUGAAGGCCGCCGAAACGACCCAGCAGGAGACCAUUGCAGCCAAGACCCGGGAGUUGGAGACUGCGAAGCGCAUUCUGGAGCAGGAGAGGAAGGCCAAGCAGGUGGAACAGACGCAGCUGAAGGCAACCGAAAAGAAAGUGACCCGAUUGUACGACGAGGUGGCCAGGGAGUCCGCUAAUUUGACGGAGCAGAAGGAAGCAAAUCGGCGAGCGCUCGAAAGCGAGGAGCAGUUGAAGGUCCUGAUCGCCACGAGGGAACGAGAUCUGGCAGAGUUGCAGGACUCCUUCCACGCCAUCGUGGACAACAAAAACCUGCUUGAACGGCGGCUCGAAGAAAUGCAGAAGCUUCUGGCGUCGCAGCAGGAUGAAGCGGCGGAGGCACGAGCGCAGGCCGCCCUUGCAACCAAGGGCGAAGAGGAGGCCAAGCGGGAGCUGAUGUUCUUGCGGGACCUCCAGGACGGGUCGCAACCGUCGACGGCGUGCCCGAACUCCGCAUCGGCAUCUGGUAGCAUUUGCCCCAGCCUCGACGACGCCACGUUCGACGCAGUCUUCGGCGAUGCGCCGGCCAGCGCUCCCUCCGGACUGUCGCCCAGUCUCGGCCCCGACGCAACGCCCGGGGGGCCGGCCACCGAAGAUGGCGCCGACGAGGAGGAGCCAGGCGCAGACCCGGCCCCCGCGGCCAUCGCCCAGGAAGUUGCAGAGGGCCCAGCCGCAGCGCCAGAUCGAGACGAGCCACCACUAAAGAAGGGCAAGGUCGCUGCGCGCUGGGAGAAAUUGGACAAAGCCUGGGACGAGUUUGACCAGGAGGUGGCAAGCAAGAAGAUCGAUUACGACGCGAGCGGGGCGCCGAUCAAGUGGCACAUUCAGUGCAAACGUUGCCUCCUGUGGCACGCGUGCAAGGCGCGGGACCCGAAGGAGCACCUCAACCACCUCAAGGCGUGCAAGUUCCCCGCCAGCACCGGCAGCAGCCAACUGGCCGCUUUUCCAGGGUGGAUUCGGACGCAGAAGCCGCCCGUUGCAAGGGGGGAGAUCGGCGACGCGCCCCCUGGCGAUGUGGUCCCGCAGCCUAUCGCCGCGUACCCUUGCUCCGGCGUCUGCGCCCACGGGGUGGUGGCGAAGCUCACUUGCCUCGCAGACUUGGAGUUGGAGUUUGCAGCGGCGGUGACGCAGAGGCCGACUGCGAGGCACCCCAAGCUGGAGCUCGCUUUCUUGGCGUUCGACACCUACGUCAAGUUCGACAAGCAGGCAAGCACCGCGUGUAUCAUGCGCAACGUGGAGUUGCCGACGGCCCCCACCGACGUCCCCCGUCUGUCUCGCUUGGCCGAUUGCAAGCCCGUGUCGCGAGAGCGGCGUGACAAGCCGCGCGACGGCGACGCGACGUACGCCAGCCAGCUCUGGGAGCCGCACAAGUACACGUGCAUGGCGUGCCAGACGCUGGAGGCCGACGUGAUCCAGAAUAUGAACAACAAGAUGAAGAACAUCCUCCGGGCCCGCGUGGUGCUCGAGUACGUCACCCUCGUGAGAUCUGCGCACGCCGCCGUCCUGUCUAAGCUCAAGUUCAUGUCGGAGAAGAACUGCCCCGGCUUGGUCGGGUCCGCGCUUGACCGCUUGAAGCCCGUCGCCGCGGCGCGCGAGGCGUUCCUGAAGUUCCAGUCCGAGGAUGGCGGUGCCAUCGGAGCCGACGUGAGCCAGUCGGACUUGGCAAUGUUGCGCCAGGCGAAGCACUUGCUGAUCACGAACACCGGCACUUUCAGGGAGAAGGCGAUCAAGGGCGCGUUUAAGGGUUACGUCAGCUAUCUCUUCCGCACGCAGGUCUUGCAGCACGACGCCGACCGCGCGAAGCACGGGAACAGGUUCGAGGGCGGGUGGCAGAACUACGAGAUGGCCGAAUACCUCAUGUCGUCGAGCAAGCAGGCGUUCACGCGGGCGAACUUGUUGGAAGGCGCCGCCCCGUCGCAGAGCACACUCAAGGCCCUCCUGCAAAAGUCGGAGAGGAGCUCCGGCAAGGCGGUGACCAACUACUUGGACCACAGCAAGCCGAGCUUGGACAGCAUCGCAGACAUGGUGUUCGGCAGCAUGCGGCAGGAAGGGUCCGAGGCCGCGAUCCUCGUGUGCGACGAGAUCGUCGUGUUGAGGGCGGUCGUCUGGGACUUGGCUCUCAAGAGCUACGUCGGCUACGCGAAGAAUGGCAAGUUUCUGCUCAGCGCGGAGGAGUACAAGACGAUGCAGUUCAAGCAGGACGACUUGGCCCGCCUCGUGAAGUUCACCGCAGUCUUGCCCUUCGGCACUGGGGGCAUCAGGGUAUUGAGCAUGCGUCCUGGCAAGGCGACUGGAGCGGACGAGAUGGCAUUCAACGCGGUGAACCUGCAGCACGCCAAGGAGGCCGCGCAGCGCCAUGGCGUGACCCUCCUCGGCGGCUGCAACGACGGCAUCGCGAAAGAGAAGGAGUGGUGGCGCCAGCACUUGUUGCGUCGCCUCGCCGCUGCGGAGGCGGGUGGCUUCCUGGUGGGCUUAGAUGUGAAGCACCAGUCAAAGUGCGGCCGCGGGUCGAUGUCAUCUGGCCGCACCGCGUCGCCUUCAGGCGGAUGGUUGGUCUCUUCGAUUCGGACCUUUCUCCUGGUUGGCGUCCGGAUGGAUUGCGUGCGUGUCGUCGACGUCUUCUCGGACUUCAGGGUGCAGAUGCUGUACAGGGCCUUGCCCCAGUUCUCGGCGCUCCUCGGCAGCGGAGUGCCCGUCGCGGAGAUCCUCGGCACGUCGCUCUACACGCACGCCAUCAUGUGGAUCGAGGUCGGAGUGUUGAGCCAGGUGGGCACGUUCUCUCGGAGGGACCGCAUCCGCCUCGUCAUCUCGGGUACCAUCUUGGCGACGUCGUUCCACAACGCCAGGACGACCAACAUCAAUUUUGUCGGCGAAGGCUUGCCAGCCUCGCUUGUGAUGUGCAGCGAACUCAUGAAGAGGCCACACCGCUGGGGGAGCAUGUACUUGGAAUAUUUGUUCUCGCUGUACCGGUGCAGGACCCCGUCGGACAACUUGACGUUGCUCAUGCUCCGCCAAUUGGCGCGCCGCACCCAGAAGUUGCAAGAGGUUUGCUGCGCCAGCGGCUUCAAGAUGGGGGCAAUGUCGCGGACUGACGCGUACUUGUCUUACGGGGAGGCCCUGUCCACCAAGUCCGGCGAUUACCUCGCCGACCCCGGCGUGACUGACGACGAGUACAUGGGGCUCUUUCACGAGGCAGUGGCCGCGAUCCGCCCCGUGCUCCUGAGGCUCGGGUGGGCCGAGGCAGAGAUGUCCCCGUUGUGCAGGGAGUUCGGCUCGAUGCGCGAGCUCGGGAGUUCGGAUGCCACUGCCCCGCCUUUGUCCCGGGCCGCGCCCGCCCAGGCCCUGGACUGGCGCACUGCCCCCCCCCCGCCACGGCAGGGCGGGGCGCGCGCUCCAGCUCAGCACCUGGCGCAGGCUCGGCUGGGGCCGUCGGCGGCGCAUUGUCAUUCGGCCCCUAGGAAAACUGUGGAAACCAUGACGGCCACCAAGAAGGACGACGAUUGGACCCACAUCCACGAGCAUUGCAAGAUUACCGAUGACCCCGAGGGCUUCGAGGCUCUUUCGGCCCAGGAGCAGCGACUCCGAGUUGCGGCGUCGACCCUCCAGGCGGCGGCGGACGACCUCGUCGAGCCAGCGGAGGAGCGGAUCGAGAAGACGCUUUCGGUUGAUUCUGCCAGCGCCCAGGCCGAUUCCCGCGGGGGCCAAGGCAAUGGUGUCGUCGGCGAGCUCGGCGCGGGUUCUGGGGGCGAGGACGAGGAGAGCGAUUAUUGCGUCGCGUACGAGCCUGGCUCGGGCCUCUUCCCGCUGAUCCACAGCAUGCGCAACUUGCGCCCCGACAGCAUGGUUCAUUGCUUGUCGGAGUUAGCGGCCCGAUGCAACGUAUUGCUGACCACCGACAAGCACAAGGGCAUGGCGAACAAGCGGACGAUCAAGGAGCGCCUGGCGCAGUCCUCCAAGAAGUUCGAGACUGAGCGCGGCAGCUGGGGCUACGUCAACUUGGUUUUUCUUCCCAAGGAAGACGGCGGCACCUUCGCCAGAAUCGUGGCGCCCUUCAAGAAGGAGUACAAGAGCUUCCUGCUGAUGGAGGAGCCCGACAACGAGGCUGCCAAGCUCAGGGAGCUGAAGAAGCUCAGCGACACUUCCACGAGAUUCCACGUGGAGCUGGCGACGGUAUCCACGGCGCGCUCCAACGGCGGGUCCACGUGUUGGGAGCCAUGCAAGGCCAGCUCCGCCAGGCCGCGGGCCCGGUCAGUGUUCGCGGCGGAUGCGUACGUCCUACCAGGCGUGCAGUUCUUCCCAGUUGCUUUUCCGACGAAGCCAGAGGCGGACCCGACGUUCUUCCACGUGCAUGCGAACGUGGCCGAGUACUUGGCCGCGGAGGUGCAGGAGGGCAAGAUCGACGAAGAUGUGGAUUCCAGGCGCGUGGGUUCCAUCCUGAAGGCAAUCGGCAUCCUGGCGGGCUACGCCAAGCAAGUGGACAUGACGACCGUGAAGGCCAGCCGCCUGGGCGUUCCACUGAAAAAAUUGAAAGACGUCAGGCAGCCGCAGAUCGCAAAGGCGGUGAAGGAUUUGGUCUGCAUGUACCCG